GGCUCGGGCCGGUCCGCCCGCGCGCAGGUGAGCGAGCCAGGGCGGAGCGCAGCUGCGCCGGGCUUGGGCGCCUGCGGCCGCCGCUCCCCACCGUCGCUUUCCCCGCCGAGGCCGAGACGUCCCGAAGUCAUGGCCGGUCUGAAGUGCGGGGUCACUAUCGCACUGCUAGGGGUUCUGCUGCUGGGUGCUGCGCGCCCGCCGCGCGGGGCAGAAGCUUUUGAGAUUGCUCUGCCACGAGAAAGCAACAUUACAGUUCUUAUAAAGCUGGGGACCCCGACUCUGCUGGCAAAACCCUGUUAUAUCGUCAUUUCUAAAAGACAUAUAACCAUGUUGUCCAUCAAGUCUGGAGAAAGAAUAGUCUUUACCUUUAGCUGCCAGAGUCCUGAGAAUCACUUUGUCAUAGAGAUCCAGAAAAAUAUUGACUGUAUGUCGGGCCCAUGUCCUUUUGGGGAGGUUCAGCUUCAGCCCUCAACAUCGUUGUUGCCUACCCUCAACAGAACUUUCAUCUGGGACGUCAAAGCCCAUAAGAGCAUCGGUUUAGAGCUGCAGUUUUCCAUCCCUCGCCUGAGGCAGAUUGGUCCGGGUGAGAGCUGCCCAGACGGAGUCACUCACUCCAUCAGCGGCCGAAUCGAUGCCACUGUGGUCAGGAUUGGAACCUUCUGCAGCAAUGGCACUGUGUCCCGGAUCAAGAUGCAAGAAGGAGUGAAAAUGGCCUUACACCUACCAUGGUUCCACCCCAGAAAUGUCUCCGGCUUCAGCAUUGCAAACCGCUCAUCUAUAAAACGUCUGUGCAUCAUCGAGUCUGUGUUUGAGGGUGAAGGCUCAGCAACCCUGAUGUCUGCCAACUACCCAGAAGGCUUCCCUGAGGAUGAGCUCAUGACGUGGCAGUUUGUCAUUCCUGCACACCUGCGGGCCAGCAUCUCCUUCCUCAACUUCAACCUCUCCAACUGCGAGAGGAAGGAGGAGCGGGUUGAGUACUACAUCCCGGGCUCCACCACCAACCCCGAGGUGUUCAAGCUGGAGGACAAGCAGCCUGGGAACAUGGCAGGGAACUUCAACCUCUCCCUGCAAGGCUGUGACCAAGAUGCCCAGAACCCAGGGAUCCUCCGACUGCAGUUCCAAGUUUUGGUCCAACAUCCACAAAAUGAAAGCAAUAAAAUCUACGUGGUUGACUUGAGUAAUGAGCGAGCCACGUCACUUACCAUCGAGCCACGGCCCGUCAAACAGAGCCGCAAGUUUGUCCCUGGCUGUUUCGUGUGUCUAGAAUCUCGGACCUGCAGCACCAACCUCACCCUGACAUCUGGCUCCAAACACAAAAUCUCCUUCCUUUGCGAUAAUCUGACACGUCUGUGGAUGAAUGUGGAAAAAAACAUAAGCUGCACAGACCACCGGUACUGCCAAAGGAAGUCCUACUCACUCCAGCUGCCCAGUGACAUCCUCCAGCUGCCUGUGGAGCUGCAUGACUUCUCCUGGAAGUUGCUGGUGCCCAAAGACAGGCUCAGCCUGGUGCUGGUGCCAGCCCAGAAGCUGCAGCAGCAUACGCAUGAGAAGCCCUGCAACACCAGCUUCAGCUACCUCGUAGCCAGUGCCGUACCCAGCCAGGACCUGUACUUCGGCUCUUUCUGCCCGGGAGGCUCUAUCGAGCAGAUCCAGGUGAAGCAGAACAUCUCGGUGACCCUUCGCACCUUUGCCCCCAGCUUCCGACAAGAGGCCUCCAGGCAGGGCCUGACGGUGUCCUUUAUACCUUAUUUCAAAGAGGAAGGCGUUUUCACGGUCACCCCCGACACAAAAAGCAAGGUCUACCUGAGGACCCCCAACUGGGACCGGGGCCUGCCAUCCCUCACCUCGGUGUCCUGGAACAUCAGUGUGCCCAGAGACCAGGUGGCCUGCCUCACUUUCUUUAAGGAGCGGACCGGCGUGGUAUGCCAGACAGGGCGUGCAUUCAUGAUCAUCCAGGAGCAGCGGACCCGGGCUGAGGAGAUCUUCAGCCUGGACGAGGAUGCGCUCCCCAAGCCGAGCUUCCACCAUCACAGCUUCUGGGUCAACAUCUCUAACUGCAGCCCUGUGAGCGGCAAGCAGCUAGACCUGCUCUUCUGGGUGACACUUACCCCAAGGACUGUGGACUUGACUGUCAUCCUCAUCACAGUGGUGGGAGGUGGAGCCUUACUGCUGUCUGCCCUCGGACUCAUCAUUUGCUGUGUGAAAAAGAAGAAAAAGAAGACAAACAAGGGCCCCGCCGUGGGUGUCUAUAAUGGCAACAUCAAUACCGAGAUGCCAAGACAGCCAAAAAAGUUUCAGAAAGGGCGAAAGGACAAUGAUUCCCACGUAUAUGCGGUCAUCGAGGAUACCAUGGUGUAUGGGCAUCUGCUACAGGAUUCCGGCGGGUCCUUCCUGCAGCCCGAGGUGGACACCUACCGGCCGUUCCAGGGCGCCAUGGGGGUCUGCCCUCCCUCCCCACCCACCAUAUGCUCCAGGGCCCCAACUGCAAAGUUGGCCACUGAGGAGCUGCCUCCUUGCUCCCCUCCUGAGUCAGAGAGUGAACCGUACACCUUCUCCCACCCCAACGACGGGGAUGUAAACAGCAAGGACACAGACAUCCCCUUGCUGAACACUCGGGAGCCUGUGGAGCCAGCAGAAUAACUUGAUCCCUUCCAGGGAAUUUGCUGAGUUUCAUAAAACAGGGCACUGAGACACCCGUCCGUGUUCCUAACCAGAAAUCCUAAAGAAGAGGAAUUAUACAGAAGGAACAGCAGGAGAUUUUCCUGGACACCACCAACUUCACAUUGCUCAGUGGACUCAUUCUAAGCACAAGACAUUGAAAAUGAUGAAUUCUCAUCUGGAGAGAGCUAUGACAGCUCAUGUCCUUCUCAACUCAGGCUGUGUGGUUAGCCAGCCUGUAAUGAGAGGAGAGAGGCCUGAGUCACCUAGCAUAGGGUUGCAGCAAGCCCUGGAUUCAGAGUGUUAAACAGAGGCUUGCCCUCUUCAGGACAACAGUUCCAAUUCCAAGGAGCCUACCUGAGAUCCCUACUCUCACUGGGGUCCCCAGGAUGAAAAUGACAAUGUGCCUUUUUAUUAUUAUUUAUUUGGUGGUCCUGUGCAUUUAAGAAAUCAAAUGUAUAACCACCUAGCUUUUUUCACCUGACUUAGUAACAACUCAUGCUAACUGGUUUGGAUGUCUUCAUUGUGACUUCUGCCAUCCACUAGAUAAACGUGUGCCAGUCCCCC